AUGUCUUACUCCAGCAAGACCCUCCUCAUCUCCGCCCUCCUGGCGGUCGCCGAGGCCCGCUUCGGCCAGGAACAGACCCCCGUCUCCGCCGUCUCCUCCCUCCAGAACGUCGGCAACCCGGGCGAGGCCGCCACCCUCGCCGGCGGCAUCCCCGGCGUGCUCCUCGCCGCCGCCAACCCCUGCGACAAGCUCACCCUCGCCGACAAGAUCGUCACGCAGCUCGGCGACAGCGCCGAGGUCCUCGACGCCGCCAAGGGCCUCGUCGCCGCCGAGCAGAACUUCAACCCCUUCGUCGUCAGCGUGCCCAACAUCUGCGGCGACGCCUCGCUGCCUGCGACCGAGGCCCUCCGCGGCAUCGUGCCCCUCGUCGACCCGGCCGUUACCGGCUCGGACACCGAGAACGCCAACUCGGCUACUUCCAAGACUACGCCGUUUGACGCUACGGGUCUGUCUGUUGCGGAUGUGAUGAAGGCGCAGGGCUUCUCGAACUUUACGACUGCGGGCGCUGCUGGUGGUAAUGCCGGUGCUGGUAACAACAACGCCAACAACGGCAAUGCCAACAACAACAACAACAACAACAACAACCAGAACAACAACAAUGCCAACACCGGAAACAACAACGCCAACACUGGCAACAACAACGCAAACACUGGCAACACCAACGACAACGUUGACUGCGGAAACACAGGCAACGCUAACACCGGAAACACCGCCAACACCGGCAACGCCAGCAACAACACCGCGAACGCCGGCAACAACAACGCCAACACCGGCAACACUGGUAACAACGGCAACGCCAACACCGGAGGAGCCGCCACCGGCGCCGCGGACUUUGGCAAGUGCACGCCCACCAUGGACUUCCAGCUCGGCCGCGCCGGCCGCAAGGCCACCGAGGGCACCUUCCUGCCCACCGACCCCCUCGUCGCCCAGGGCCAGCAGGACGCCCUCAACCCCAACAUCAUCACCAACCGAAUCUGCGACCAGCUCAUCAACGUCUGCGAGGCCAACGACGCGGCCCACCAGCAGUGCCUCGACGCCAAGGCGCAGAUCCUGGCUUCGGGCGACAAGAGCGAGGCUGUUGCGACUACCUUCAACGGCCUCCUCGGCUUCUAA